CACACACACAGAGAGAGAGUUGUCGAACCUGUCAGGCAGCCCUGGUUUUAAUGAGGAAAUCCCCCCAGUGAGGGAAAGUUUUUUUCGGCUGGCAGUGAAAUGACUUGUUUUGAAAUGAUUGCCAUUACGCAUGAGGUUGUUGUGCGCGCGCUGGAGUUUUGACAGCAAUGCGAGCACACAAGGACGCGGGAUUCCUGCAGCUGCGCGUGCACACACACACACACACACACACACACACACACACACACACACACACACACGCACUCACACACACACACAGGAAAGUGGACGAUUAGACGUUCUUCUGGGUUUCAGGAUCGAGCUGUAAAAGAUGCAGGACUAGCACAUUUCGACUUGAGAAGAGUGGAUAGAAGGUCUCCUGUGUGCCAUGGCUCAGUUUAGGCUGCAGAACGUGGAGGACUUCUAUGAGCUUGGGGAGAUACUAGGCAGUGGACACUUCGGGCAGGUGCGGGAGCUGAGAGAGCGAUCGUGUGGCACUUGCUGGGCGGGGAAGUUCGUGAAGCUCCGUCGGAGCGUGAGCAGUCGUCUGGGCAUGGAGAGGAAGAGUGUGGAGCAGGAGGUGGAGAUCCUACAGAGUCUGCAACACGUCAACGUUAUGGCUUUACGAGACGUUUUUGAGAGCCGAGCCGAGAUCGUCCUAGUCGUGGAGCUCAUCCGAGGUGGAGAGCUGUUCGACUUCAUCGCUGCGAAGGAGAAUCUGACUGAGAACGAAGCCAUCGACUUCCUGAAGCAGAUCCUGAGAGGCAUCGGCUUCAUGCACAGUAAACAAAUCGCCCACUUCGAUCUGAAGCCUGAGAACAUCAUGCUGUCUGAUAAGAACGCAGAGCAUCCUGAGAUCAAGAUCAUCGAUUUCGGACUCGCCCACCGCUUUAUAGCAGGAGAGGAGUACAAGAGUCUGUGUGGCACUCCUCAGUACAUAGCUCCUGAGGUGAUAAACUACGAGCCGUUGAGUGUAUCCACUGACAUGUGGAGUAUUGGUGUUAUUACCUACAUACUAUUAAGCGGCAUAUCGCCCUUCCAAGGAGAAACGGACCAGGAGACACUACGGAACAUCGUGGAUAUGAAGUACGACUUUGACGACCAUUACUUUAGCCAAACCAGCGACAUCGCCAAAGACUUUAUUGAGAAGCUGCUCGUGAAGGAUCAGAGCGAAAGAAUGACAGCUGACGAAUGUUUACUGCACCCCUGGAUCAAGCCCCUGACCCGUAAGCAGGCAGCUAACAGGAGUCGUUCAUCCAUCAACAUGAAGAACUUCAGGAAGUUCAACGCCAGGAGAAAGUGGAAGAUGUCCUAUAACAUGGUGUGGGCAUGCAACCGACUGUCUCGCCUGCAGCUGCUCUGCAAGAGGGAUAAAGAGGACCAGGAACUGAGAAGUUGCGAGAGCGACCAGGAGGACACAGAGACAAAGCCGGCCUCACUCAUCCGCCGCAGACUGAGCAGCAGCUCCUGAACCUCAGCUCCAUCUUCUCCUGCAUCUCUCCUCAAAGGAAACCUCUGAGAGCCCUGGAGCUCUCCAGCCGUGCAUUCUAAACUAUUUCGGAGUUCACUCGAUGCAGCGUUUCACAUUUUAUUAUCCGGAUGCAUUUGGAAUGAGCGUUACAGUGCAUAUGGCAGCCAUAGGUUCAAAUAUCAUUACACAAUUUUUUUUUUUACUGCAAAUACCCUUCAGUAGGGAUUAAUAUGAACCAGUGUCAUACAUGAAUAGCCUUAUGAAGUCUGUUUUGAAGUGUCUUUGGUUUACAUUUAUUUUUUAUAUCUUAGGGGUUUGUUCUGUUUUUUUUAUUAUUAUUAUUAUUAUUAUUAUUAUUAUUAUUAUUAUUAUUAUUAUUAUUCUGUUACACACAAACUGUACGAGUGCACGGUUACAUUACGGUGAAUUCCGACAAAAGCCAUGAAGCUUUAAGGUUUCUUUCAGUCUAAGACAGAGCGCAGAACACUGACUGACUUCUUUGAGGCUUGGUGUGUUUUGUGAAAAUACAGAAUACAUCAUUAUAGGUGCUUUAAUCGUACCUGGAAAGCAUGGAGGACAAAAUAAGCUCAUUCUUGCCUUCUUUUAGUUUUAUCUCAGAGUAGAGAUUAUUACAUUUUUAGAUUAUAAGAUUAUAUUUGAGUCACGUUUACAGCUUAUCAUUUAAGGAUUUUUUUUUAUAGGAUUGUUAUUAUAUGCAGCGUCUUUAAAGUAAAUUUCCUCCAGGUCCCUAAAUGUUUCACAAAAUAUCGUUGGUUAACAAUAACAAUGGUUUGUUAAAAAAUAAAUAAAUAAUAAAAAAUCAUUAAAUAUUAUUAGGAGAUUGCGAGUUCUAGUCCUGGAGCCGAGGGAGUUAAACUGGGAGUUAAAGUGAUGUAAUACUCUCUCCUUGUCAAUCAAAGUGGCACCCGCAAUGUGUUGGGAGUCCUAAAGAGGGCAGAAAAAAAAAACAAGAGUCUGUAAAUAAGCAAAUUAGACACGCCCCCUAACGAGCAAUUCAGUGCAUCUCAUUUGCAUAUCACACCUGAUUGGCUGUAAUAGGUUAUGAAGUAAUAAGUGUCACAUAAGUGUAUUUUCUAAUCAGCGUAUUCAGGAUUAAUCACAGAAAGGAUUUCAAUUCAAUAUGUGACAACUUGACACUAGCCUUGAGCCAAAAGUCUAGAGUUUGCAUGACAAAAGUGCUAUAAAACAGACACUGACACACAAUCUCCUUGGCCCAAAGGAAAUGUUUUUUCUGUUGAUUUACAGUAAAACUCAAAGGACCGUGCGGCCUUCGAUUUAAAUAUUUAAAAACGCCUUUACCCGGUAACCUGAAGAGACAAUGCUGGUUUGUUUGUAAAUAAUAUGUCUAUAAAUAUUGAAAUUCAAAACCGUCUAUUAGCACAUGAAAGGAAGAGCGUCGCCGAGAGCUUCGAGGCUACUUCCAAGAAACGCUGCGUGCAACACAAACAAAGUGGUUUUCUGCUGAAUGACUGCAUGUCUAGGUGUGAAAGUGACCUGUUAAAUGUUAACUGCAUUGUAAAGGACAUGUUCAGGUCUAGUAUCACGUCCCCAUAUUCAUUUCAGUCUGGGUUGAAAUGGGAAUGUCUUGGAGGGCAUUUUUUUUAGAAGAAGAAGAAGAAAUGUGAUGCUUUUAGUGUUAAAAAUGUUUUUUUUACCAUCACUGAAUAUAAACAAAUUGAACCUGGCUCGCUAGGUUUAAUAGUCAGAAAGUU